AACACAUACACAGGCUUCCGAGUGCCGUCAACGCCGGAAGCGCAGCCAUUCCUUCGCGCGGCAAACGUUCGAACAGACGAAAACAACGACGCAAUCAAAGCAACAACAGCAACAUGCCGGCCCGCUUCGAGGACGUGACCGCUUCUGACACCCGCCGCAGUGUCCCCCUGGACCGCGUCGGGGGACAUUACGAUGUAGGCGCUGGUGUGGGUGGCCACGGCGGCCCCCGGCCCGCAAUCGCAGAUGAAAUCUGCAUCACAGGCUUUUCCGGCCGGCUGCCCGAAAGUUCGGACAUUGCCGAGUUUAAGCGCAACCUGCUGGAGGGCGUCGACAUGGUGAAUGAUGAUGAUCGCCGCUGGCCCGCCGGUUUGUACGAGCUGCCGACGCGCAUCGGUAAAAUUAAGGACGAAGAUCUGCAGCAUCUGGAUGCGGAGUUUUUCAAAAUUCAUCAAAAGCAGGCCGAGUGCAUGGAUCCGCAACUGCGCAUGCUGCUGGAGUGUACCCACGAGGCGAUCAUUGAUGCUGGCAUCAAUCCACAGGAAAUCCGUGGCAGCCGUACCGGCGUGUACAUCGGUUGCUCAAACUCGGAAACCGAACAGCACUGGUGUGCCGAUCCGGACCUCGUCAAUGGGUACGGUCUAACCGGAUGUGCCCGCGCAAUGUUCGCCAACCGCAUCUCCUACACCUUUGACUUUAAGGGACCGAGUUACGCAGUCGAUACCGCCUGUUCCAGCUCGCUGUUCGCACUGUCGCAGGCAUUCGCCGACAUGAAGGCGGGACACUGUGAUGCUGCGAUCGUGGCCGGCUGUGGUCUCAUCCUGAAACCUACCAUGUCACUACAGUUCAAGCGGCUGAACAUGUUGAGCAAGGACGGUAUGUGCAAAGCGUUCGACGAGUCGGGCAAUGGGUAUGUCCGAUCGGACGGUUGCGUGGUCACAUUCCUGCAGCGUGCCUCGAACUCGCGUCGCAUUUACGCCAGCGUCCUGAACGUACGCACAAACACGGACGGUUUCAAGGAGCAGGGCAUUACGUAUCCGAUCGGCGAGAUGCAGAAGCGACUGAUCAAGGAAACGUACGACGAGAUUGGACUGAACCCGGCCGAUGUAGUUUAUGUGGAGGCGCACGGUACCGGUACGAAGGUGGGCGAUCCGCAGGAAGUUAAUGCCAUUACGGACUUUUUCUGCAAGGAUCGCAAAACGCCACUGCUGAUUGGUUCGGUAAAAUCGAACAUGGGCCACUCGGAACCCGCGUCGGGCGUCUGCUCGAUUGCGAAAAUCCUGAUCGCGAUGGAGGAGGGAGUGAUUCCUGGCAACUUGCACUACAAAAAUCCUAACCCAGAUCUGUACGGUUUGCUUGACGGGCGGCUAAAGGUGGUGGAUCGUAAUCUGCCGUGGAACGGUGGUAUCAUUGGUUUGAAUUCGUUCGGAUUUGGUGGAGCAAAUGCGCACGUUAUCCUGAAGUCGAACCCGAAACCGAAACCGAUCAGCCCUAAGGAUGAUGGAUUUCCAAAGCUGAUGGUUGCAUCCGGACGUACGCCUGAAGCGGUGGAAGCGUUCCUCGAGCAGGCAGCCGUAAGCAAGGACGACGAGGAGUUUGUUGGAAUCGUGAACGAAAUCCACAGUCGCAACAUCCCGCUGCACAAUCAUCGAGGAUACACGGUGGUGGCCGGUGGCGAUGCCCAAUCGCAGACCGUUCGUGAGGUGCUGGAAGUAAGCGCGGACGAGAAGCGUCCGGUUUGGUUCAUCUACUCCGGUAUGGGUUCGCAGUGGGCCAGUAUGGCGAAGGACUUGAUGCAGCUGGAGGUGUUCCAUAAUAGCAUCUACCGCUGUGCAGAAGCACUCCGCCCGGAAGGGGUCGAUCUGAUCGAUGUGCUGACGAAGAGUGAUGAAACUAAGUUUGAUAACAUCCUGAACUCGUUCAUUUCGAUUGCGGCAGUGCAGGUGGCGCUCACGGAUGUGCUCACUCACGUUGGAAUCACGCCGGACGGUAUGGUUGGCCAUUCCGUUGGUGAGCUGGGAUGUGCGUAUGCCGAUGGAUGUUUCACACCGGAACAGACCGUAUUGGCUGCAUACUGGCGUGGUCGUAGCAUCCUCGACACGGACUUAAUUGCUGGCCAAAUGGCUGCGGUUGGACUUUCGUGGGAGGAUUGCAAACAACAGCUGCCGAAGGAUGUCAUACCGGCGUGUCAUAAUAGCGCGGACAGUGUUACAAUUUCGGGCCCGGUUAAUUCCGUUGGAAAGGUUAUAGCCGACCUGAACGCGAAAGGUAUCUUUGCGAAAGGUGUCAAAUCUUCCGGCAUUGCGUUCCACAGUCGGUACAUUGCUGAUGCAGCACCGAAGUUACGCAAAUCGUUGGACAAAAUCAUUCCCAACCCGAAGAACCGUACGCCACGCUGGAUCAGUACGAGCAUUCCGGAGGAAUCUUGGCCCACACCCUUGGCACAACAAUCGUCAUCGGCGUAUCACGUGAACAAUCUACUGUCACCGGUGUUGUUUGCGGAAGGAUUGAAGCACGUGCCGGAAAAUGCGAUCUGCAUCGAGAUUGCACCGCACGGUUUGUUGCAGGCAAUUUUGAAACGUGCCCUCGGCAAGGAUGCUACCAAUCUUAGCUUGAUGAAGCGCGACCAUGCAAACAACAUGAUCUUCAUGUUGAGCAACCUUGGAAAGUUAUAUGUUGCCGGAGCUCAGCCACAAGUACAAAAGCUGUACCGUCCGAUCACGUAUCCCGUAGGCCGUGGUACACCUAUGUUGAACUCUUUGGUCAAGUGGGAUCAUUCGAUCAACUGGUUCCUGGCUCGUAUUGGAGUUGAAAAUAAAUCGGGAGAGACGAUAAUUGACGUUAAUCUUGGAAAGGAUGAAGAUGCAUACCUAGCCGGACACACAAUCGACGGCCGUGUACUGUUCCCUGCCACCGGAUAUCUUACACUCGCAUGGCGAACUUACGCCAAGAUGCAAGGAGCCGACAUUGAAAAAACGCCCGUCGUGAUCGAGAACGCCGUGUUCCAUCGGGCCACAAUCCUUCCCAAGGAUGGAUCGGUCAAGUUCGGCAUUAACUUCUUCGAUGGUACCGGUGCGUUCGAGAUCUGCGAAGGUGGCACUUUGGCCGUAUCCGGCAAGCUUACCAUCCCGGAAAAGAUCGAACUGGAAGAAUUGCCGCUAAACAAACUGGAGGCGGAUAAGUCGGGAUUGCCGUUGAACAUGAGCGACGUUUACAAAGAGUUGCGUCUGAGGGGUUACGAUUACGCGGAUAUGUUCCGUGGUGUAACGCGCAGCGACCCGAGAGCUAUUACCGGUGAGCUACAGUGGCGUGACAAUUGGGUCAGCUUCAUGGACACGAUGCUACAGUUUAGCAUUCUCGGUAAGGAUCUGCGUGAGCUGUACCUCCCAACACGCAUCGAGAAGAUCGUGAUUAAUCCGGGCCGCCACAUGGAACUCGUCAGCAAUCUUACGCAAACCGGUGACGACCGAACUCUGCCGGUGUACAUGUACCGAGACAUUAACGUGAUCAAGUCGGGUGGAGUGGAGAUGCGUGGACUACGCGCUACAUUGGCACCGCGUCGCCAAGGCACCCAGGCACCACCAACUCUCGAGAAGUACCUGUUUGUGCCGAACAGCAACGAGAAGGAACUCGCGGAAGGUAACAGUGAAAAGGCUCGCCUGAGGUCCAUCACGGCCGCAUUGCACUUGGUAAUUGAGAAUAGUUCCGGUGCGCUUAAGAUAAAGGUAGCGGAGGCAAGCUUUGAACGUUCGCCCGAAAAUACGAUGGCCGGUACGGUGCAAGCUAUUAUCGAGGGUGAACCAACGCUCGCUAGUGAUGUAGCUGUCGUCACGACACAUCAACCGGACACUUUGGUGCAGCAUUACGGUGAAUCGGGCGUGCGCGUAGUUAACAAGGAUGCAGCAGCUGGUCCGAUCGAACAAAACUGUCAUCUGGCCAUCGGAUACGACAUUUUCGGACGUGCUGACCCGGAAGCGAUCCUCUGCAAUCUCCGUGACUCGAUCAAAUCGGACGGUUUUGUACUGUUGGAAGAAUCGCGCAGCACUUUCGAUGCACGCUCCCGUGCAACGCUUGCAAAGGCAGGAUUUACCAUCAUCAGCACGCAGGUGUGUGAUAAGAAGGUGUUUGUCCUAUUGCGUCCUAUUGUUGCUGAUUUGGCUCAGCGCAAGAGCGUUAUCAUCACCAUCACCGAACGAUCCUUUAGCUGGGUUGAAGAGCUGAAGGCUGCCUUAGCGAAGGCAGAAGAAACCUCCACCUACGUGUACAUCGUUUGCCAGGGUGAAGAACUCUGCGGAGCUCAAGGACUGAUGAACUGUGUCAAGAACGAGGUGGGUGGCAAGUUUGCCCGUCUAUUCUUCAUCCAGGAUCGCAAGGCGGACAAGUUCUCGCUUACCGGAUCGCUCUAUAAGGAACAGCUAGCAAAGGAUCUGAUCUGUAACGUACUUCGUCCAGCAAACGGAACUCCAACCCCGGCCUGGGGUACCUUCCGCCAUCUUCGUCUGGAUAAUCAAUCGAAUGCGCCAUCACUCCCGGUAGAGCAUGCAUACAUUAACGCACUAACGAAGGGUGAUUUGGCAAGUUUGAAAUGGAUCGAAAGUUCUCUGUCUCGCGAACGACCGGACGCGACGUCCAAGAACGAUCGUACAGAACUAUGUACUGUUUACUACGCACCGAUCAAUUUCCGUGAUGUUAUGCUAAGCUCUGGUAAGCUGGGAGCUGAUGCACUGCCGGGAGAUCUGGCCACGCAGGACUGUAUCCUUGGGCUGGAGUUUGCUGGACGCGACUCAACCGGACGUCGCAUCAUGGCGAUGGUACAGGCAAAAUCGCUCGCUACGACCUGCGUUGCGCAACGUAACAUGAUCUGGGAGAUCCCGGACAAUUGGACGAUGGAACAGGCGUCAACAGUGCCGUGUGUUUACUCAACCGUUUACUACGCGCUUGUUAUGCGAGGUCGUAUGAAGCGGGGCGAGUCCAUCUUGAUUCAUGCUGGAUCGGGUGGUGUUGGACAGGCGGCCAUUUCUGUCGCCCUUGCAGCCGGUGUGACCGUGUACACGACGGUCGGUUCGAAGGAGAAGCGUGAGUUCCUAAAGCGCACCUUCCCACAGCUGACGGAUCGAAAUAUUGGCAACUCUCGUGACUGUUCCUUCGAGCAGUUGGUGAUGCGUGAAACGCAAGGCCGUGGUGUAGAUCUCGUACUGAACUCACUCGCGGAGGAGAAAUUGCAAGCUUCGAUCCGUUGUUUGGGACUGAAUGGACGUUUCCUCGAGAUCGGCAAGUUCGAUCUGAACAACAACAGCCCGUUGGGAAUGUCUGUGUUUUUGAAGAACACUUCCUUCCACGGUAUUCUGCUCGACAGCGUAAUGGAGGGUGAUGAUGAAACGAUCGCCGAGGUAGUGAAACUAGUUGCCGACGGUAUCAAGACUGGAGCGGUGCGUCCGCUUCCGACGAGCGUUUUUACCGAACAACAGGUCGAGCAAGCGUUCCGCUUUAUGGCAUCAGGCAAGCACAUCGGUAAGGUUGUCGUUCGCGUUCGGGAAGAAGAAAAGGCCAAGAUUGUAAAGCCAGCUCCGAAGCUGAUCAACGCAAUUCCACGCACCUACAUGCACGCGGAAAAGGUUUACAUCCUGAUCGGUGGACUGGGUGGAUUUGGUCUGGAGCUGUCGAACUGGUUGGUAUCACGUGGCGCAAAGAUUAUUGUACUAACGUCGAGAAGCGGUGUUCGUACGGGCUAUCAAUCGCUGAUGAUUCGUCGCUGGACGGAGCGUGGCGUGAAGGUGGUGAUCGAUACGAACGAUGUGACAACACUGAAGGGUGCACAGAAGCUGCUGACGGAUGCCGCACGCCAUGGACCGGUGGGUGGAGUUUUCAAUCUGGCUGCUGUGUUGCGUGACGGAUUGUUGGAGAAUUCUAGCGAGGCCGACUUCCGGGCAGUUUGCGUACCGAAGGUUGAAGGUACGAAGAAUCUGGAUGUUGCUACGCGUGAACUUUGUCCCGAUUUGGACUACUUCGUGUGCUUCUCGAGUGUUUCCUGUGGCCGUGGAAAUCAGGGACAGGUUAACUAUGGACUAGCAAAUUCUGCCAUGGAACGUAUUUGUGAAGCUCGACAUGCUGUCGGUCUGCCCGCGACAGCCAUCCAGUGGGGAGCGAUCGGUGAUACGGGAUUGGUGUUGGAGAAUUUGGGCGAUAACGAUACGGUGGUCGGUGGUACGCUACCCCAGCGUAUGCCGUCCUGUCUGCAGACGAUGGAUCUGUUCAUGCAGCAGCCGAACCCUGUGCUGGCGUCGAUGGUGAUUGCCGAAAAGCGCAAGACGGACACGGGUGGCGUUAGUUUGGUGGGAUGCAUCGCUAAUAUUCUUGGGCUGAAGGACACCAAGAACGUUUCUGAUGGUGCGACACUGGCCGAUCUCGGAAUGGAUUCGUUGAUGGGCGCAGAAAUUAAGCAAACGCUUGAACGUAGCUUCGAUCUUGUGCUGAGUGCAGCUGAAAUUCGCCUCCUUACGUUCGGCAAGCUCCGAUCGUUCGAAAAGGGCGGUGCAGCUGGUGGAGAUGCUGGUGGAGUGGUUAAUGGUGCAGGAUCGCCCAUGGCAGCUGGAGGAGCAGGUGGAAAGCGUACGGAUGAGCACGCAAUCGGUGACGGUACGCAGGUCAAGUUUAGUGAGGAUCUUAUGCCGAAGGAAUGCUUGGUACGGUUGGAAUCGGCUGCUCCGGCAGGAAGCAAAGCACGACCGGUGUUUGCGGUACACGCAAUCGAGGGCGUCAUUACGGCUUUGAUCCCACUGGCACAAACACUCCCUGUGCCGGUGUAUGGCUUGCAGUGUGUAGAAGCAGCACCACUUGAUUCGCUCGAACUGUUGGCGGCAUACUACAUCAAACAGAUCCGUACGGUGCAACCACGUGGUCCGUACACGAUCGUUGGCUACUCGUUCGGUGCCUCGAUUGCGUACGAGAUGGUGGUACAGCUGGAGAAGGCUGGCGAUGCGUGUCAAUUGCUACUGCUGGAUGGGUCGCCACGGUACGUGAGCUGGUACACGGAAGCGCAGAAGCAGCGAAAUGCAAACGGGGAAGUAGUGCAAGCUGUUGAUGAGGCGUACGCGUUAGCAUACUUCGCGAUGGUUUGCGGUGGACUGGACUAUGGACGUACUGCGAAGGAGCUGGUGGAGGCCAAGUCGUGGGACGACCGUGUGGCCAAGUGUGCGGAGAUGGUGCACGCCAAGAUUCCGCAUUACUCACUACAGCUGCUCGCCACCACAGCAAGAUCUUUCGUAGGCAAAAUCGUUGCCAGCCAUAUGUACAAACCGUCGUCCAAGGUAAAGGCAACGGUGAAGCUGGUCAAGCCUACCGAAAACUACGCUAAGCUGCAGGGUGACUAUGGACUAUCGGAUCUUUGCCAGCAAAAGGUUGAGAUCUUCACCGUAAAGGGCGACCACCGAUCGAUGCUGAAGGGCGAUUCGAUGAAGAAGAUUGCUGACGUUUUGCAGCAGCUGUUCUAGGUGGACAAUGAU